AUGGUUCUAUUCAAACGUAAACCCGUACAAUAUCUCCCUCGACCCGUCAUUGAAGAUGAAAGCUCCGAGGUCUGGGUCAUCCCAGAGACCAACGAGGUCUUCACGAGCUAUGAACCAUACCUCUCGCGAAUGGACUUUUAUAAGCAGCGUCGGUUUAUAUGUGAGAUCACGGGUCAUUCGGGCCUGAACUUUUUUGAGGCGCAUCGAAGCGAGAUGGAGGAGUCGCGCGAAGUGAACAACAGCUUUCCAGAAGCUCUCAAGGAGCCCAUUCUGCGUCGUAUUCAGUUUUCCAUUGUUUCGAGGGUUGAUAGUCUGGUUGAUGAAGUAUACGAAGAAUUCAAAUCCGACUUCUACCCGGGAGAACCUGUGCUCAUUCUGCUAGAAGAUACCACUAGACUUCAUGGCACAAUCAGGGACAAAGCCAACUUUGCCGAACAACUCUUUGCCGAUGGAACGAUCAAAACACCCGCGUAUGCUAGGUACUUGGUGAAAAUUUCGGACCGACCAAAUGAGGAAGCUCUCUUGGACCAAGACCACAUUACUCGCGAUCGCAAAUCAUUCACAAAGCUGAUGCUACGAGGGUUUAUAAAGAAUAACGUCACUCGAGAAUCUUGGACGGGUGCACCCUGGCUGGUGAAGGCUUCAAUUGCGGACGAAUAUAAGAUAUCCACCGAGGUCCCUAAGCACCUGCAAUACGGGGCCAAGGUGGCAGAAAAGAAAGCAAUGAAGAAGGCAGACCAGGAUGGCUUCUUUGGCUUCUUCUCAUCUCAACAGCUCCAUGAAUUGAAGCCCGCACUGAAGGGCCAGAAGUCCAAGCUGUCAGCACAUGACCAGGCUAAAUCACGAGAGGCACAGUAUCAGGAAUAUCAGCGAUCGCUGAAUGGAAACCCCACCUUUUUGAUGCCUUCCAAUCCACUGCGUCCAUCUAAGCCGCUUCUGGUCGGUGACAAGAAGAAUUCAGCAGCUGUCGACAAGAACGAAUCCGUUCCUCCAUCGCCACCCCCUAUUAAAUACCCCAUGGAGGAUUUGGAGCUUGCGCUAAUACACGAAAAAGGCCACCGCCCACUUCUAAAGUUUUUAAAUGUUGAGGAGACUGAGGACGAAACAGGCGAGGAUCUUCUGCCCGACGAUGUAGAGCCUGAAUCUGUGGGCCUUCUUCUUGAAACUUGGAACACUCUCAAUGUGUACUGUGAAGUAUUCCAGCUGGACUCAUUUACGUUCGAUGAUUUUAUCCAAGCAAUGCGCUAUUCGUCGGAAGAAAUGAAUUGUGAACUUUUUGUGGAAAUCCAUUGUGCAAUCCUGAAGAAGCUUGUCCAUUCCGAGAGUGAGGGAGGUGAGAUCCAGGUCUCUCUUCCGGAUCUACCCGUCGAUGAAUCAGAUGACGACGACGAGGAUGGGGAAGAUGAAAAAGAUGGAGAUGAGGAGGAAAAGCCAGCGCGUGCUACGCGGAUGACCACUCGAGGCAGUUUGGCCAAAAAAGAAGCAGAGACCUUGCAGACGUUGAUUGACGAGGAUGAAGAUCCCGCUGCUGUGCGUAUUCAUCGUGCAGCAGAUAUGUUCACUGACUACGGAUGGAUUAAUCGCCUUCGCAAACGCGACUUCCGCAAUGGUGGAUGGGAGCUGGUAAUGAUCGGUCUUUUGCAUCAACUAUCAGUUCGUCCCCGCAUCGAGCAAACUUGCAACGACAUCCUUAAACACCUUGCACCACUUGAUGAGGAGCCUACUCAGAGCACUGCCGAGGAUCAAUACAGCACACUUGAUAUCAAUAGGCGUGUUAAAGCCCUCCAAAUCAUUUGCAUGCUAAGUCUGGAGACUAAGGCGAUCCGAAAUUACCUCGAGGAGUGCAGCAACCAGAUGACAGAGUUCCGCAAGGAGAAAAUCGAGCACCAGAAGGCACGGAAAUCUGCUGUUGCUGAGCUUCGUCUGCUCCAUCAGGAACGGAAGGUGCUUCAACCAGAACUUGAGAAAUCCCCAACGCCCGUACCCGAACUAGACGGCAUGGAUGACUCCAGGAUGACUGGUAUAGAAGGCGAUUCUGAGAUUCCCAUUGACACAGAGGAUGAAGACACGUCUCGACCCCGUUCACUUCGUGGUGGGGCUGAUCGUGCCCUUGAGCGGAAACGCAAACAGGAACUGGAGCGGGACCGCAAGGAACAAUUGGCAAAACAGCCCAAGGGUACUAAGCAGUACCAACGAGUAUUGAAGAAGGUUGAAGACCAGAAAGCUAAAAUCGCAAAACUUCAGGAACAGAUUGAUAUUUGUGACAAUGACUUGCGGGAACAUGACUGCCCACGGACGCGGUGCCUUGGAUUGGAUCGCUUCUGCAAUCGAUACUGGUGGUUUGAGCGUAAUGCAAUGCCGUAUGACGGCAUGCCGAAUAGCUCUACGAACGAGGCCAAAUACGCCAACGGCCGUCUCUGGGUGCAAGGCCCCGACGAGAUGGAGAUCGCAGGGUUCCUCAACUUGAACGAGGAACAGCGCAAGCAAUAUCACCGACAUUUCCACACAACACCUGCUGAGCGCAAGAAGAACGAGGAAGGAUCUACCCAUGUCUCGACUCCCCGCGAAUGGGGCUACUACGAGGACCCCGAGUCGGUCGAGCAGCUAAUCGAGUGGUUGGACCCACGUGGCAACCGGGAAUCCAAGUUACUGAAGGAGCUCAAUCAGCAACGCGAGAAAAUCACCGUAUAUAUGGACAAUCGCAAGGCAUAUCUAGCUGAUAGAGCCGAGCGUGCCGAGUCAGAGGAGAUGCCAACUAAGCGCGUGACUACUCGCACCAAGACCUACAAGGACCCGAACAACCAUCACCUCCGCUGCCUCAACUGGACCAACACAACCGCACUGACCGAGAUUGGUCAUUUGCACGUUGACCCCGAUCGACCAGCCAAACGGGCCAAACGAGGAGCUGCUGCUGAACCGCGAGAAACCAAGGCGACCCGCGGCAAGCCCUUAACCCGGCAAGGUUCCCGUCGAGGAUAA